GGGAGGGAGAUUUAACUUAAGGGUGUCCAAAAAUAGAUGUUAAACUCCAAAGCAAGGGGUCUGUGACAUUUUAAAUUUCCUUAGUUUCCUCUAAGUUAUUGAUGGUGUUCUACGUCCAUAUUACAUUACGUAUUUGUUACUAUUUAUUAAACAGUUUCGAAUAUCCGGUUCGAUUAAUUAAUCAAUUAUGAUUCGCGGUCCAACAGUAAUUAAAAUUGGGAACGCGCCUUCCGGCGGAAGCGGUUUCACAUGUUGUUGUUGUUUUAAAUGUUGUACUUGUUUAAAUCUACAAUUUUUAAGAACCGAUAUUGGUAUGAUUAAAUUAGCAGAAUUGAUUUUAGGUUUUUUUUGUCAAUCUUUGGCGUUAAAUUUCGGUUCGGCUUAUUCAAGUUCAAUGGGAUCAGCUUAUUAUGGAUUUAUAACAACAGCUUCUUGGUCGUGCAUGACCGUUUUUUUAUUAUUAUUUUGUUAUAUAUUUUCAGAAAAAUCCGUGUAUUUAAUGCGCCAGUCUUUAUUUGAAACUUCUUUUAAUAUCUUAGCUAGUUGUGGAUAUUUAAGUUCAUGCUCGGUGCUUGGGUUCAUAGUAAACACGGUUUUAUAUCCGCUUUAUAUGGUUACACCAUUUUUUCAAGUAUUUCCAGCUAUGACCAGUACUUAUAUAUUGGGAAUAAUUCUGGGACUGAUUCAUGCUUACGAUGCUUACAAAUCUUUCAAAUUUUUGCAAGGUUACCGAUAAAGUUAAUUUUGCUUGUAUUUCCUAACAUUUUG